ACUCAACGAUAGUUAUGACCUCCCGGUUACGCGCGUUGGGUGGAAGAAUUAAUAACAUACGCACCUCGGAGUUACCCAAAGAGAAAGCCCGAUCGGAAGUCGUCUGCAGCAUACGCUUUUUAGAUGGCUUGGUCCAGACCUUUAAGGUUAACAAACAAGACACUGGCCAGUCGCUGCUGGACAUGGCAUACACCCACCUGGGCGUGACUGAAAAGGAGUAUUUUGGUUUGCAGCAUGGCGGCGACUCGGUGGACUCCCCCAGAUGGCUUGAGUCAAGCAAACCCAUCAGGAAGCAGUUGAAAGGAGGUUUCCCCUGUACCCUGCAUUUUCGAGUAAGAUUUUUUAUACCUGAUCCCAACACACUGCAGCAAGAACAAACCAGGCAUCUGUAUUUCUUACAACUGAAGAUGGAUGUUUGUGAAGGAAGGUUGACCUGCCCUCUGAACUCCGCUGUGGUUCUUGCAUCCUAUGCAGUACAAUCUCAUUUCGGAGACUUUAAUUCUUCUGUACAUCAUCCAGGUUACCUUGCUGACAGCCAGUUUAUUCCAGAUCAAAACGAUGACUUUUUAACCAAGGUGGAGUCUCUGCACGAGCAGCACAGUGGGCUGAAGCAGUCGGAAGCCGAGUCCUGCUACAUCAACAUAGCCCGGACCCUCGACUUCUAUGGGGUGGAGCUGCACGGCGGCAGAGAUCUGCAUAAUUUAGAUCUAAUGAUUGGAAUUGCUUCAGCGGGCAUUGCUGUGUACCGAAAAUACAUUUGCACAAGUUUCUAUCCUUGGGUGAACAUUCUCAAAAUUUCUUUCAAAAGGAAAAAGUUCUUUAUACAUCAGCGACAAAAACAGACUGAAUCCAGGGAACAUAUCGUGGCCUUCAACAUGCUAAAUUACCGGUCUUGCAAAAACUUGUGGAAAUCCUGUGUCGAGCACCAUACGUUCUUUCAGGCAAAGAAGUUACUACCUCAGGAAAAGAAUGUUCUGCCUCAGUACUGGACUCUGGGCUCCAGGAACCCCAAAAAGUCUGUAAAUAGCCAAUAUUGCAAAAAGGUGAUUGGAGGAAUGGUGUGGAACCCUGCCAUGCGGAGGUCCUUAUCAGUGGAGCAUCUAGAAACCAAGAGCCUGCCUUCCCGGUCCCCUCCUAUCACCCCCAACUGGCGAAGUCCUCGGCUCCGGCACGAAAUCAGGAAGCCCCGCCACUCCUCUGCUGAUAACUUGGCGAAUGAGAUGACGUACAUUACGGAAACUGAAGACGUGUUUUACACCUACAAGGGCUCCCUGUCCCCCAAAGACAGCGAUUCCGAAGUUUCUCAGAACCGCAGCCCACACCGAGAGAGUCUAUCCGAGAACAAUCCAGCACAAAGCUGCCUGACCCAGAAGUCAUCCAGUUCUGUGUCUCCGUCUUCAAAUGCUCCAGGCUCCUGCUCACCUGAUGGGGUCGACCAGCAGUUUUUAGAGGACUACAACAGGGUGACCAAGGGAGGGUCCACUGAGGAUGCCAGCCAAUACUACUGUGACAAGAAUGAUAAUGGUGACAGCUACUUAGUCUUGGUCCGUAUCACACCGGAUGAAGAUGGAAAGUUUGGAUUUAAUCUUAAGGGCGGAGUGGAUCAGAAGAUGCCUCUUGUGGUCUCAAGGAUCAACCCCGAGUCACCUGCGGACACCUGCAUUCCGAAGCUGAACGAAGGGGAUCAGAUCGUGUUGAUCAAUGGCCGGGACAUCUCCGAGCACACCCACGACCAGGUGGUGAUGUUCAUCAAAGCCAGCCGGGAGUCCCACUCGAGGGAGCUGGCCCUGGUGAUCAGGAGGAAAGCUGUCCACUCAUUCACCGAGAUCAAAUCUGAAGAUGAACUGAACCAGCUUUUCCCAGAAACCAUUUUCCCCAUGUGUCCGGAGGGUGGGGACACUUUGGAAGGAUCCAUGGAACUGUUAAAAAAAGGCCUUGAAAGCGGGACGGUGCUGAUCCAGUUUGAGCAACUCUACCGAAAGAAGCCAGGUUUGGCCAUCACAUUUGCAAAGCUGCCUCAAAAUUUGGACAAAAACCGAUAUAAAGAUGUGCUGCCUUAUGACACCACCCGGGUAUUAUUGCAAGGAAAUGAAGAUUAUAUUAAUGCAAGUUAUGUGAAUAUGGAAAUUCCUGCUGCUAACCUUGUGAACAAGUACAUUGCCACUCAGGGACCCCUGCCACAUACCUGUGCACAAUUUUGGCAAGUCGUCUGGGAUCAGAAGUUAUCUCUAAUUGUCAUGUUGACAACUCUCACAGAGCGAGGGCGGACCAAAUGUCACCAGUACUGGCCCGAUCCCCCUGACGUCAUGGACCAUGGCAUCUUUCAUAUCCAGUGUCAGACAGAGGACUGCACCAUCGCCUAUGUGUCCCGAGAAAUGCUGGUCACAAACACAGAGACUGGGGAAGAGCACACGGUGACACAUCUCCAGUAUGUCGCAUGGCCCGACCACGGUGUGCCCGAUGACUCCUCGGACUUUCUGGAGUUUGUGACCUACGUGAGGUCCCUGCGGGUGGACGGGGAGCCCAUCUUAGUUCACUGCAGUGCUGGAAUAGGUCGGACUGGCGUGUUGGUCACUAUGGAAACAGCCAUGUGCUUAAUUGAGAGAAACUUGCCUGUUUACCCCCUGGAUAUUGUCCGGAAAAUGCGAGAGCAGCGCGCCAUGAUGGUGCAGACGUCCAGCCAGUACAAGUUCGUGUGUGAAGCGAUUCUUCGCGUAUAUGAAGAAGGCUUAGUCCAGAUGCUGGAUCCCAGUUAGGACGACUGUGAAUCGUUCAUCCCUCGUUCCCGAGGGCAUCUUCCCUAGGAGAGCAGGACACACCUUCCUCCAGAGGCGGGGAGAGGAACCGCCAGCUGUGGGGAAGGAAUGAGCACAUUUGAACCCAGGCACUUUAAAUUUUAUAGGAAAGGGAUCCUGUACACAGGAACUGGUGUAGAUAUGCAUGCAACUGUGGCUUCCUUUAGGCCCAGAGAGAAAUAACAAGGGAUCCCAGUUUGGACCUUCCUCCCCAGACAUCACCACCCCACUGUUGGCCACCCUUGUGCAUACAAGAGGGGCUGGCAGCCGUGCUCCUGACCUCCCCAGAAGCUGGACAGCAUGGUUCUUCAAGGCUGCAUGGUGUUCUGUGUGUUGAUCUGGGUAGGACUCGAGGGCUGAGCUCCUGUGCAUCCAGGCAGGGCUAGAGCAAUGCACAGUCCCACCCCGGUGCCAAGGAAGCCCUGGUGAACGUCCCACACACCGGGUGGUGGCCAUUCAGGCUGAAGGACAAGCAGCGCCCUGCCUUUGUCUCAGCUCCAUGCCCCUUGCGAUCUGCGAUCUGCAAAGCACCCCUCCCCUGCCCCUCCAUCAUCCCCCUUCAGGUUCAUAUCCAGUGCCUGAACCAGAUUAGUAACCUACGUGCAGGAGAAUUUCCAACCGAGACUGAGAACUCCACGCUCGGCGUGAUCCCGCAUCUUAGCGUUAGAAGCAGGUGUGUGUCACCUCUGCUUGCCUCAUCCUGGAUUCACGGACACCAGGACCGGGACCCCUGACUACUGAAUCUCGUACAUGGACUGCUGCUACUCCGAGCUCUUACACUUGAAGAGACAUGUUCCCCCGAGGGGGACAGGAUCAUAGCAUCGAAAUAUUCUUUGGCCCUUCUAAGAAAAGACCUGCUAGUAAGUGACCACGGGAAACCCUGCUUGCCAGGAGCCCCUGUUGGCGUGUGUGCCUGCACGUGCGCCCCGUGGAGGUUGCUCAGGAUUCCUGACUCAAUUCAAAUUACCGUUGAGUUUAUAUAAAGAAUGAGUCUCUGUACCGAAGAACAAACGUGUGCAUUCACCCUCAGUUACAGCGGUCUCCGUUUCAUUUCAGAGGAGAGGAUCAGACUAUCUGAAUAUAAACCCAAUUUGAUGUUAAUUUAUUCUAAGUACCCCAUGAUUUUGAUUGUCCUAAAGAAUUCUGCCUCUGUGAAUACUGUGUUCAAUUUUUUUUUUUUUUUAAUUUGUGACAGGACUGUAGCAAGUUACUAUUUAAGGAAAAUAAAUUACAUAAACAUUUUAAUGUGGUAUUUUUAAAUAGCAGUUGUUGUGUAUCCAAAAGAGGAAGCUAAGCCAGUUUCUUAACGGUGUUUAUAGAAAAAGGAUGCUUUCCUGUUGUAGCCCACAGAGAUGAGGCCGUUUUGAUAUCAGGAAACCCUGGACCAAUGGAAUUGUUCACCUGGUUGCAUGAUGGAUAGGGACCUGUCCAUCGGGGACCAGGUUUCUAAAGAUUCUUUUAUCUUGCAUGCUUCCUGUCUCUUCCCCAUGCAUAUUUUACUGCUGUCUGGCAUGGGUGGGAGGAGGUGGCGUCAGCACCCUAACCCUGUGCUGUGGAACAAGACGCUCCCGGCAAGUGGAGCUGAGGGCGGGAGCCUGGCUCUGUUGCCACUCAGCCCUCUCUGACCCACUCUCAGUCUAGGCACUUAGGAGCUGUGCUUCUAGCUCCCCUGUUUUUCUCAUCUGUGAAAUGAGAGACAGUACCCAGGACUGCAGAUUGAACGUGAGCCUUGAAUGAGCUCCUGCCAUCCGUGUGGAUUUUCAUUGGUUGCAAUGUAAACGGACACCGAGAUGGAAGAGUUACUUGGAAAAGUGUCCUUCUCUGUGAUGAGCCCAAAACACCUCCAGCAAGUGGAACCCAGUGGCUUUCUAAAAGAAAAAAAAAAAAAAAAGUUCUUCCAAAAGGACAAAGCAAGACUACAAAGGAACGACCUAUUCAAUCUGGACGCUGAAAAAUUCUCUGAGAAAAACACGGAAAAAGAAGGAGGGCACGCAGGGUACAUUUCAAUGCCACCGGGAUAUUUAGCACACCGUUGCCGCCGGAUAAAACGGAACAUCGCCCUGUGCGCAAACAUCCUGGAGAAGCCUAAACACCUUCCGAGAUUUGUGUUCCGUUGUUUUUUUUUAAACCAAGCAUUGAAUCUGAGUGCAGAAACGCUGCCACCCUGGGUCCCUACAUUUCUAGAAAUCUAGCCGGAGGUUGCAGCCAGCCUUUCUCGGCCACCGUGCAGGCGCGCAGCUCAGACCGGCACCGUUGCCAGGAACAAAAUUCAUGAACUACUUUGAAGAAAAUGAUCUAAAGACAAGAAAAUGAUCUAAAGAAGCAGCACAUGCAAGUGCAGCCUGCAGAGACGGCAAAGUAAAAUCCACAGCUCGAGCUCCCAGCCUACCCCCUUCCGCCCGUCGGCAGUUAUUCUUAAGAGGCCUUAUUUUCCUCCUAAAAGCAGCAUGGGAAUCAGGGUAAAUAUUUGGCCUGGGAAAUUUGACUAGAUGAGAAUGGAGAAGACAUUUAUUUCCUAUGUUCUGGAGCUUUCCGGAAAGCCUAAUUAGACCCACUGAUGUGCCUGAUUUACUAACUUCAUCGGUGUCGCUCUAGAACCUGCACUUGGUGGUUUGACUCUCCAGAGGAAAAGACCCACAUCACUUUGGUUGCA